UUUAUAGCAUAUCUUACAUGCCCUAAUCACUGGUGACCUCGUCCGUUAUAUACUAUAAUCAGAGGCGCAUCUAAAACGGAAAGUAGGACCAGUUCAGCAUUCGAUGUAAUUCUUGGGACAUUUUAAACCUUGUUUACAGAUUGAAGACAAUGGGUGAAAGGUUGACAAAUAAAGACAUAGACCAGCUAGAGAAAUUUAUCGGCACAGGCCCAAAAUCAUUUGAACUAUUGUAUGCUAUUUCAAGAGAUGGAUGUGAGCCAAAGAAAUUUCACGAAAAAUGUGACGAACAGGGACCCACUGUAACAGUGCUUUAUAAUGAAAACGGCUCUGUAUAUGGUGGAUAUAACCCGUCCAACUGGAAUUCAUCACGCAAUGCCUAUAAUGCAAGUAAUGAGGCAUUUUUGUUCCAGUUAUACUUUAGCGGGAAAGAGAAAUUUAUGAAAUUUCCUGUAAAACCAGGACAAUCUUGUUAUGCAACAUACAACAAUACAUCGUACGGUCCAAUAUUCGGCAGCGGAAAUGAUCUUCAUACAUUUAACGGAACGAUAAAUCGCUCUGGUACAUCCUUCCCAUUAAAUGGAUGUGCAAGUUUUGGAAAUUCCUACGACAUGCAGAACGUUAAAGAUGAUGAUAUCCACAACGGAAACCUUAAUGUUAUUGAAUUAGAAGUAUAUAAAGUGACAUAUGAUGUAAACAAAGUAUAUAUUUUAGAUGAUGAAAAUAAAGUAAGGAAACCAUGGCGUAAUAUUGAUAGCUGGGAUGCAAAGGAGCUUAAAAGGCUUAAGGAGGCCAUCCUUGCAUUUAAACCGACCCCUGAUCUUUCAUUUAGCGAAGCACGGGUCGCAAUGAUAGGCCCAGUGGGUGCUGGGAAAUCCAGCUUUUUCAACACAAUUGAUUCCAUAUUCCGUGAACGUAUUACUCGGAGGGCGUGUAGUGGUAGCGCUGAGCAGAGUAUAACUGCUGGGUACGUUCCUUACUCCAUUCGACUAAACUCGGGUGACUCUCCAAAGUUCAUCUUAUGUGAUACACCGGGUGUGGAGGAAUCGGCAGGUCUUGAUGUGAACGAUUGUAGUUAUCUUCUUGAUGGACACAUUCAAAAUUUUCAUCUGUUUAACCAGGAAGAGACAGUGACACCAAAAGAUGACCAAUUCGAGACUGGCCCAACACAGGACAGAAUCCACUGUGUGGUAAUUGUACUUGACGCCACAACACUUGAUGUUGUUUCGGAUAAAAUCAUUGAAAAGAUAAAAAAGUUUCAACGUUUAAUGAACGAGAGAGAAAUUCCUCAGCUUAUUAUACUGACAAAAAUAGACAAAAUCUGCAAAGAUGUGGAGAGGGACGUUUCAUUUACCUACAAGAGCUGGGCUGUAGAGGAACAUGUUGAGAAAGCCUCACAACUUCUGGGCCUGCGCAGGUCUAACAUACUUCCGGUUAAAAACUACGAGGAGGAGACAAAACUUGACAUCAAUGUCAACAUACUUGCACUAUUGGCUUUGAGUCAGAUUUUGGACACUGUUGAAGACUAUAUGCACAACCUUCUGGAUCGACAAAAAUUUGGCCAAAUGACUUUAAAGGAAAAGUAAUAAUGUUCAAUCACAAAUUUCCUUGCUUAACGGAAAUUUUUAAUUUCUAAAGAUAAUGCUAAUACAUCCAAAUUUUCAUUCAAAUAAAAAUUACUCUUUUUUAUAGCUUUAUUAUAGUUUUUCAUAUAUUAACCAUAAAGAAUUUGUAUUGCUUUCUUAUCAUUUUAACACUUUAACUGUCACAGCAAUUUCAUUUAUACACUAUAAAAAUGAGUUUUUUGUAAGUUGAUAACGAGUACAAUAUAUAUUAUAUGAUUGUAAAUGUUACUUUCUAUAUCUAAAAAUCUUGGUUGUAUAAACGUGUUUGUGCUUAAAACUUCUAUAUCUUGGUUGCAUAAACGUGUUUGUGCUUAAAAACUUUCUAUAUCUUGGUUGUAUAAACGUGUUUGUGUUUAAAAACUUCUAUAUCUUGGUUGCAUAAACGUGUUUGUGCUUAAAAACUUUCUAUAUCUUGGUUGUAUAAACGUGUUUGUGCUUAAAAACUUUCUAUAUCUUGGUUGUAUAAACGUGUUUGUGCUUAAAAACUUUCUAUAUCUUGGUUGUAUAAACGUGUUUGUGCUUAAAAACUUUCUAUAUCUUGGUUGUAUAAACGUGUGUGUGCUUAAAAACUUCUAUAUCUUGGUUGCAUAAACGUGUUUGUGCUUAAAAACUUUCUACAUCUUGGUUGUAUAAACGUAUUUGUGCUUAAAAACGUUCUAUAUAUUGGUUGUAUAAACGUGUGUGUGCUUAAAAACUUUCUAUAUCUUGGUUGUAUAAACGUAUUUGUGCUUAAAAACUUUCUAUAUCUUGGUUGUAUAAACGUGUGUGUGCUUAAAAACUUUCUAUAUCUUGGUUGUAUAAACGUGUUUGUGCUUAAAAACUUUCUAUAUCUUGGUUGUAUAAACGUAUUUGUGCUUAAAAACUGUCUAUAUCUUGGUUGUAUAAACGUGUGUGUGCUUAAAAACUUUCUAUAUCUUGGUUGUAUAAACGUAUUUGUGCUUAAAAACUUUCUAUAUCUUGGUUGUAUAAACGUGUUUGUGCUUAAAAACUUUCUAUAUAUUGGUUGUAUAAACGUGUGUUUGCUUAAAACAACAAUCACAGGAGUUGGCUUAUCGGUUAUCAGUAGUGGUUAAUUGGAGGAUAAUAAAGAGGGAAAGUUUUCUUGAAAGGGAUUUUUUGUGUAGGACAGCAAGACUGAGCAAGAAUCUUAUGUCAACUGACCGACAAAACAACAUCAUUCGAUCUAUCUCCAGUGGUUAUUUUUGACAUCAUUAUUCAUGUGAAUGUAUACUUGUCCAUGUAAGGAAAAAAGGACACUGAAUAAGACUUGUCUUUUGUUCGUAUCUUUUUCUUUUGGUAAACAAUCUUCAAAAAUAUCCAUUGAUUCUUAUUACUUAUUGUAGUAUCUAAUGUUUGAAAAUAAAUGUUUAAUCGAGAAUGUUUCUUUCUUUAUUUCUGAGCAC